UUUUUUUUGUCUUUUCACUUGUACACUAUCCUCUCAUCUAUUCUAGAUCUCAACUUACUAUUGUUUAGAAAAAUGACGCGUAUUGUAGUGCUAGUGUGUAUUGUUUCUUGCUUUUUUUAUUUUUUUGAAGUAGCUCAAGCUUUUAACUUGAAAUCUAUGUUAUUUGGAGAUAAUGAUAAAGACUCACAACAAGGACAGGCUACCACUGUGCCUUUCGGUACACCUAUUGUACAUAGUCAGUCACGCCGUUCUAAUAUACCUUGUGAGCAUUACAUUUGUGAAGAAACAAAUGUAUGUGUCGAGAAACCUUUGGAUUGCCCUUGUCGCAUUCAAACAGACAAAAAAUGCUUUAUUGGAGACUGGUAUAUAUGUAUAAGAGGGGACGAAUCCUGCGAUCAAGUACUAUAGCAAUAAUAAAAUAGAACGAAACAUUCUGUAUACAGCUAAUCAUCAUGAUAUGAUUGAUAAAUCAAUUACUUAUUUAUUUAAACAAAGUUGUAUCUUUUUCUCUU